ACUUCUCUCCCCAGCAAGGAGAGCCCUUCAGUUGGCUGCGUGGUGAUCCUGUGUGAGAUCUGCGGAAGAGCUGAGUCCCUCUUUGCCACCUGUUUAUAGAAGCACAACAGGAAAACAUUUGCUGCACCAAAGAGCUUGUUAACGUAAGGCAGAAAGCAAAAGAAUAGUGCAUAAAGCACCCCAGCUGUCAGACCACUGCUGCAAGAUGCCUUACAUCUGAAAUAUGAGACUCUCGCUGUCUGUUCUGUCAAGAGAGUUGUGGUUGUGGAAGACAUAAAACGAUGGAAGUCUAUGCUUGAGCUUCCUGGGCAACCAAAAGAGAAUCUGAUUGAAGCUUUGGAGGAGCUGAAGAAGAAAAUACCUUCCAAAGAAGUGUUACUUUCAACAAAAAUAGGUCACACGGUGAAUAAGAUGCGCAAACAUUCAGAUCACGAUGUGGCCAGCCUCGCCAAAGAUAUUUACACGGAGUGGCGAACUUUCAUCAAAGACCAUUCAAACAAGCCCUCAAUAGAGGUCAGGAGUGAUCCCAAGACGGAGGCUUUCAGAAAGAACGCACGGAAGCUGCUUUGUGAAGCCCUGGAUCUGGAGAUUGAUCACCCACUGGCUGAAAAUAUUGAGCGAGAAGCUUUUCAUCUCUCUUCCCGUCUCAUUAGCGCGCCGUAUCGCAGAACGGUGCGAGCUCUUGUCUUCUCAUUAAAGCACAAACCUGAAAUCCGAGCAGAAGUCAAGACUGGCGCACUCACUGUCCCAGCGUUUGUACAGAUCCAUAAAAAGUGAGGUGUCGUGCUUGAUCCUGAGUGAGAACUUGAUGUGCCUACAUCUCUGUGGAACCAGGAGCCCUUUCUGUCGUGAGGGGAGUGCAGAAGUGCUGACAGUGUGAAUCACUUGGCACCACUCUAUGAGCAGGGCUGCCGAAGACAAGAACUGCUAAUGAUGAAAGUGGUGCUGUAAUCUGACUUGGUAUAAAUCUGUGUGGGCUUGUGGCAAGAAAAGUUUCUUCUACUCUGCUGUAUAUUUUCCCGCUACAGAACUGUCCUUGCUGACUCACCUGUUUCUCACUUCUGCCCGUUUGUCAUGCCUCAGUUUAGCUCCAGCCCUGAUAGGAUCUUCAGGUGUAAUCAGCUGAAUUACAAAUGAGCAGGUCUGUGCUGUGCUGGUAGGAAAUACUGGGAAUUGGUGGUAAUUGGUCAAUGGCAGGAGAUUCCUGGGGGUAACUGCAGAUUUGAGUUAACCCUAAAUCACCCACAUCUGUUGCAGCUGGGCCCUGCCUGUGGCAAGAGCUAACUGUUUUGCCAAGCCAGGUGAUUUCCCUUUGCUGCCUUCCAGAGUUGGAUGCAAAUUGGUUUCAGUAACUUGCUGUCCACCAUUCCAUAAGGCUCAGUCAUCCUUCAGUUGUGGACAUUUUCUAAAUCCCUGGGGUGACAAAUCUAAAUGCCCUGGAGUAUAGGUGCUAUCUAAUGCCUCUGCUGUUUAAUGGGAAGCUCACUGAGAUCUCAUACCUCACUCAUGAUUUAAAUGUGGUGCUUGUUCUUACUGUAACGUGAAAACUCGAAAUGAAUUUUCUAAAUAAAAUUAGGUUAUAAGCAAAAUACUCCUUUUAAAGACUUUUUUUUUUUCCUCCAAAAGGAACAUGGUUCAGAAUGAUUGUAUAAACAAAUAUAAGCAACAAACUUGUUUUAAUUCCUUCUAGUUAUUAACAACUGAAAAUCUUGGCUCUCAUAUUUGCUCUGAUUUCUUCAGUGCCACAAGUCCUCUUGUUCUCUGUAAGCUGUUAUUAAAGCUGUGACAGGCACAGUGUUUCCCUGGCAGGUAAAGUGCUCUCUGUGUGUACGUACACAAGGGACUGGUCACAAACCUCUUGAGUUAUCAGGGUAGACAGAACCAAAUAUGAGGAUGAGUGAAACCUGCCUAUCCACAGUCAUGGGAAUUGAAAUCUUAAUAUCAUAAAAAGAAGUAUCUUUUGAUCAGUUGUGGUCAGCACUUUUAUUUCACAAGAGUCAAUUAAGGACAAAUAAUGUAUGGGAAAGUGAUGAAUUAGUCUUUAUUCAGAUCUUUGCCCUAAAAUGUGACUGUCGUUAUGUGGACCUGCUAAAUUUUUUCUUCUCUGGACACUAGAAGCUAAAGAAACACCCAAAACUUACAUGAGGUGUUGAACUCCAUGGAUUUAAUUAGAGGUUCUCUUAAAAACAUCUAAACCCUGUCUUGUUUGUGCCAGUGCAAGAGCAUUUUUUUUUUUCUUUACACAUUGUGAAGGUAUCUUCAAACAGCUGUUUUUUCUGGAAAUAGUGAUGCUCUGGUGUGCAGACAUUUCAUUUGCAGAAAGUUGUGGUUCAGUGUGUUGGAGACAGUAUGAGACAAACUGGCAGAUGUGUGGGUGGUGACUAUAUGACAACUUCUCUCGCUACGGCCUGGUCAACAAGUAUUAAAAGAUGUGAAAACCUUAAAUUUAUUUCUUAUAAGUAAUCAGCUCCAUUUCCCACUUAAAUAACUUCAUACUGCACAGCUGUAAUUUCACUCAAGU